ACUGCCAAAGGCUUAAACUUAAACCAAUGGCGCAACCCAGUUCCUGUUUUCUCUCUUCAUCUGUGAGUGAAUCUCAAAGAACCUGAAAACUAAUAGUCAAAAACCCAAACAAGAAAAAGCCAAAAAGGAAGGAGAAUCAAGCAAGCAAAGCAAGGGAUUUGCCCAAACAAAAACAAAAAUAAACAAAAAGCUCCAAGAAAGCUGAAGCGAGACAGCAACAAUGGCAGUCUCGUAUAACCUCACCAAUUUCACAUCUGUUUCUCUAAAUUCUGCUCGCAUUCUUUCUUCUACGAACAAGUCCUCCAUUUGCUCUGCUCCUUUGAGCAACAAUUGCAGCCCAAGAGGCAGCUCAAGCAUAAGCCUUUUCAGCAUCAAUGGCUCAAGAAGAUGGAGAUCCUUCUCUGUUAAGGCCAUGGCUUCCUCUUUCGGUUCUCGGCUCGAAGAGAGCGUGAAGAAGACGGUGGAUGAGAACCCAGUUGUUGUCUAUUCCAAAACGUGGUGUUCGUACUCCUCUGAGGUGAAAUCGUUGUUCAAAAGGCUUGGUGUGGAGCCGAUGGUCAUUGAAUUGGAUGAACUUGGUCCCCAAGGGCCACAGCUGCAAAAGGUAUUGGAGAGGCUUACAGGACAGCAUACUGUCCCGAAUGUUUUUAUUGCGGGGAAACACAUUGGUGGUUGUACAGAUACUGUGAAGCUAUACCGAAAAGGUGAACUUGAACCUUUGCUGUCAGAAGCUAAGGCUAAAAACGCACAAAGCUAGCCCCACAACCCAGCAUGUAUUCACUUACAGAACCUGUCUCCUUGCAGUCUAUGAGUUGAAAGAACAUACGCCCCAUUUCUGCUCAACAAAUUGCAAUGAUUAGAGAAAAUAUAUUAUGAAGGCUAAUUCGUUUUCAUAAACCUUUAUGAUUUGGCAGUUAAUGAAGGGUUUGUGAAGCUUAUGCAGAGUUUCAAAGGUAUCUAGAUGUUGUUGGAACUAUUCUCUUAUUGGAAUGUAGAAGCUUAUUACUUUUAUUUAUUUUUGAACCUUUAUUCUUAUUGGGUUCAUGUGGUAUACUUGGAAAUAUUAAGACUUGGAUAUCAAGAA